GCUACCGGAUUCGGAACCUCGCCCAAAGUCUUGCCGGCGCCGGCUGCGUGUGGGUUUGCGAGCCCCCGUCGCAGGCCGGGAUGUUCGUCCUGGUGGAGAUGGUAGACACCGUGCGGAUCCCCCCAUGGCAGUUUGAGAGGAAGCUCAACGACUCCAUUGCCGAGGAGUUGAACAAGAAGUUGGCCAACAAGGUCGUGUACAACGUGGGACUCUGCAUCUGUCUGUUUGACAUCACCAAGCUGGAGGACGCCUAUGUGUUCCCGGGGGACGGUGCAUCACACACCAAAGUUCACUUUCGCUAUGUGGUGUUCCAUCCAUUCCUGGACGAGAUUCUGAUUGGAAAGAUCAAAGGCUGCAGCCCGGAGGGAGUGCACGUCUCUCUAGGGUUCUUUGAUGAUAUUCUCAUUCCUCCAGAGUCGCUGCAGCAGCCGGCCAAGUUUGACGAGGCGGAGCAGGUGUGGGUGUGGGAGUACGAGACGGAGGAAGGAGCGCACGACCUGUACAUGGACACCGGCGAGGAGAUCCGCUUCCGGGUGGUGGAUGAGAGCUUUGUGGACACGUCCCCCACCGGGCCCAGCUCGGCCGAUGCCGCCUCUUCCAGCGAGGAGCUGCCAAAGAAGGAGGCUCCGUACACGCUUGUGGGCUCCAUCAGUGAGCCGGGCCUGGGCCUUCUCUCCUGGUGGACCAGCAGCUAGCACUGGGGCUGGACGCUGGACCCUGCCCAGCCCUCGGGAAGGUGGUUCUGCAGACGCCGAGGAGCAGCCGGUGCCCUGCCAGGUUGUCCCCUCCCCUCCUCCUCCCAGACCUACCCCGCUAAGUCCCACCGUCCACAUGGACAUCGCCUGUCAGUGACAACAAAGAUAUUUAAUAAAUGAUGGCCGCAUCGGUUGGGAGAGCCA